AUGGACCGACCAAUCCUCGCCCAGAUCGAAGAGGUUUACUACUCCGUUCUCGCUGUGUUUGGGGUUCCUGUCCCCGGUUCUGGAGUCCGCAGCCAGCAGAAACAUGUCCCCCGUUUCAACUCUGCCGAGCGUUCUGAGAAUGGCGUUUAUUUCGCAGCCAAUUUACUGGCAAUCGUGACUCUGAGCCGGGGAAGGUGCGGUCUCUCCAAGUGUAUCUCCCGCUACCUGCUGGCCAUGGCAGUCGCCGAUCUGAUGGUGAUAACAUUCGACGUCGUCCUCCAUGAGAUGAAAGAGGUCUACUUCCCGGGUUCACUGUUGGAUCACACCCCCCUCUGCAGCCUCAUCCUCGCCCUGAUACCGCAUGCGGUGGAUUGUUCCGUCUGGUUGACCGUCGCCUUCACGUUUGAUCGGGUCAUCGCCAUCUGUUACCAAAAGAUAAGGGCAAAAUACUGCACCGAGAAAACUGCGGCGAUGGUUAUAAUGUUAGUGUGUUUGUUGAGUUUUUUACUGAACAUUCCAGUUUACUUCAUGAUCGAACCUGGCGAAGUAAUUGAUGAUAAACCAAUGUUCUGUGCUGUAAAAUCCGCGUUCUUCACCUUGCCCAGUUGGGUGACUUACUACUGGUUUCGCACCACAUUGACCCCAUUCGCUCCGUUUGUAUUGAUUGCGCUGCUCAACGCCCUGACCAUCAGACACAUCACCCGGGCCACGAGGGUCAGGAGGCAGCUCCUGGGGAGCAGGAAGGGCGGGAGUCAGAGUGACGCCGAGGUGGAGAACCGACGGAAAUCCAUCGUCCUGCUGCUCGCCAUCUCGAGCAGUUUUAUCCUGCUGUGGGCGAUAGACUUCCUGUAUGAAAUCUGCGUCCAAGUUACAGACAUCCAGUGGUUCCAGACAGAUUACACCGACCCUUUCACCGUUAUGGAAAGGGUCGGAUACAUGUUCCAGCGGCUGAGCUCCUGCACAAACACUAUUAUUUAUGCAGUGGCGCAGACUAAGUUCAGAGCUGAGAUGCUAAUGUUGAUAAAAUCUCCCUUUGCUCUUCUGACUAAAUUGAUUAAACGUUAUCAACAAGAUUAA